CGUGAGACGAGACGAGAUGAGCAUUCACCACCCUCCUCUCUCUCUCUCUUCCUAAAUCAAGCCUUCGCUUGACCAGGUCUGUGCGGCGCAGAGCCCGCCCGCGCCCGAUGUUCGCUCCGGAUCCCUCGUCCUCCGGCCCCGUAAACCAUCGGUCCCUUCGCCGCUUUCUUUUCUCUAUUUACCCUAUCCCCCGGCCUGGGAAGAGCGAAGCGAUUGGGAGAGGCCGGCCGGCAACGUCCUACGUGCACACCCAGGCGCGUCGCCGUCGCUGCACGUCACCACCAACAUGUCUUUCACCGGCACGCAGGACAAGUGCUUCGCGUGCGACAAGACGGUCCAUUUCAUCGACCUCCUCACGGCCGAUGGCGUCAUCUACCACAAGACCUGCUUCAAGUGCAGCCACUGCAAAGGGAUCCUCUCGAUGUGCAGCUAUUCUUCCAUGGACGGCGUCCUCUACUGCAAGACGCACUUCGAGCAGCUCUUCAAGGAGACCGGCAGCUUCUCCAAGAAGUUCACUCCGGGUACCAAGUCCGACAGGGGUGAACUGUCAAGGGCCCCAAGCAAGCUAUCUUCUAUCUUCUCUGGUACUCAGGAUAAGUGCACAGCCUGCACGAAAACAGUGUACCCACUUGAAAAGAUGACUUUGGAAGGCGAGGCAUACCACAAGAGCUGCUUCAAGUGCUCCCACGGAGGCUGCAUCCUGACCACCUCCUCCUACGCGGCCCUCAACGGUGUCUUGUACUGCAAGAUCCACUUCGGGCAGCUGUUCAUGGAGAAAGGAAGCUACAGCCACAUGAAGAAGAAGAGCGACUCCCAGGAGGUGUUGCCCGACGUGACCGCCGAAGAGCAACCGGCACCGGCAGCGGCACCGGCGGCGGAAGACGAGACUAGUGAGGACAAGUAGGAGAAACACGAAUUAACCAUAUAUACACAGCACAGCCUGGAGUUCCUCUUUGUUAUUUUUGCACCCCGCGCUCGCUUCUUUAUUCCCUCCUAUUUCCUUUUUGGUUCUUCCCCCUGUGAGCUUGGUCUGUCAAGCUGUAAGUACUGUACUAAUACCUCCGUUCCAUAUGAGACUCAUGACAAUGACAACUGUAACACGCAACUGCUAAGCCUCAUGGAAGAAACUGUAAUUUUGUAAGCAAAGACAA